AGGCGAGGCGAAGAGGGCAUUUCGGGCCGGCGGAGGAGACAAUGAACAGCGGCAAAAGCGAGCCAGAGCUCAGCCCGGCCGAGGCGAACUUGCAAGAGGAAGAGGUACGGACACUCUUUGUCAGUGGUCUGCCCCUGGAUAUCAAACCUCGAGAGCUCUAUCUCUUGUUCAGGCCAUUCAAGGGGUAUGAAGGUUCUCUUAUUAAACUCACUUCAAAGCAGCCUGUAGGUUUCGUUAGCUUUGAUAGUCGCUCAGAAGCAGAAGCUGCUAAGAAUGCCUUGAAUGGAAUUCGUUUUGACCCAGAAAUCCCUCAGACGCUCCGACUAGAGUUUGCAAAGGCCAAUACGAAGAUGGCUAAGAGCAAAUUAGUGGGAACUCCUAAUCCCAGCACUCCUGCCACCCCCAAUGCAGUACCUCAGUUCAUUACCAGAGAGCCAUAUGAACUUACAGUGCCUGCACUUUACCCCAGUAGCCCUGAAGUGUGGGCGCCGUACCCUCUCUACCCAGCGGAGUUAGCACCUGCUCUACCUCCGCCUGCUUUCACCUACCCUGCUUCACUGCAUGCCCAGAUCCGCUGGCUCCCUCCCUCAGAGGCUACUUCUCAGGGCUGGAAGUCCCGUCAGUUCUGCUGAAUCCUGUGUAUCAGGUGUGUGAUGGCGGCUACACUCUGUCUUGUGGGUAUUAAUGCAUUCUUCCAAAGUCGCUACUGGUGUUUUACCUUCAUCUUCCAAAUUGCAGUGUGGUCGGUAAGUCAACAUCUACUGCAGUCAUAAAAGUACACUUUAUUUUGAGUGAACCAAAAAUCUUUUAAUACCUCUUCAGCAUUGGAAACAGAGACCAAGCUUCUACAUAAAUAUAGUAUGUAGGUUUAGAUCAUUUUCUUUUCAUAAAUAUGUGGACAAGUAUUUUUUACUCAAUUGUUUAAUUAGGUUCUCUUUAUCUAGUUUUAGGGCUCGUGUUUUAGAUGAUAUUUAUGCAGAAAUAUUGAAAGUUCAAAAGGGUUCACAAAACUUUCAAGCACCAUUGUAUUCUACCAGCAAUAGUAAGGGUCAAUACGGGUUUUGGGGGUUUUUUGCUAUUGUGCCUUACACGUUAAAGCUUUACACAUUUUAGUCCUAGACUGUGGCUUAAUUUACUGCAUUUUUACAGCAAGUACUCCAGCAGUUUAACAUGGAAGUAUAGACCACCUCCUUACCUCCAUCCAAUAUUAGCCUUCAUUAUCUCUUUCCCAUUUUAGCAUCCACUAUAUUUUGUCAUUCUCUGGAUUUUCCACUAACAAUGGCCUCCAGGUUUGGGAAGGCUGUUCUUGGCUUUCUGGCCAUUUGGAACUUUUGAUUGUAUUGUUUCCUCAUAAGCAUGU